UAAAUAAAAUGAAAGGAGGGAAGAUAGCGCUUGUGGAAGGGGGUAGGGUUUUGGGCGGAAAAGGGUUUUAUCGUUUCAUUUUAUAUUUUUUUUUUUAAAAGGAAAAAGAAAAACCCUGUAAAAAGCAAAGAUUUAGUUCCAUACCAAAUACUGAUGGCGCUUCUUCUUCUUCGACCUCCUCCUCCUCCUCCGCCCUCUUAUCUUCGCUUCAUGGCCUUACGCUUCCUCUCCCACUCCUCUCUCCGCCCUCACUUCCCCUCUCCUUCUUUUUCUUCUUCUUCUCCGUCUUCGUCUUCCUCGCUUCCUCGUCCCUCUCUCCUCUUCAACCCCCCACCCAGGGCGGAAUUUCCAUUGAAGGGCGUUGGUAGCUGCUGUGCAGUUCGAAAUGUGGUUUCUGCAAGAGCUUUUAUGUCCUCUACACCUGCAACCGAGGCUUUUCAAGGCACUACUGGCUCCAGUGCUUAUGGGUCCGAUCAGAUUCAGGUAUUGGAAGGCUUAGACCCAGUUAGAAAGAGGCCAGGAAUGUAUAUUGGGAGCACGGGACUUCGUGGUCUUCACCAUUUGGUAUAUGAAAUAUUAGAUAAUGCAGUUGACGAGGCUCAAGCCGGAUUUGCUUCAAAGGUUGAGGUCAUUUUGCUAGCGGAUGGUUCUGUGAGCAUCACUGACAAUGGUCGUGGGAUUCCGACUGAUAUGCACCCAGCAACCAAGAAAUCUUCCUUGGAGACUGUGUUGACGGUUUUACAUGCUGGCGGCAAGUUUGGUGGUUCAAGUAGUGGCUAUAGUGUGUCUGGUGGAUUGCAUGGUGUGGGGUUAUCAGUCGUCAAUGCCUUGUCUGAGGCAUUAGAAGUUACUGUUUGGCGUGAUAGAAUGGAAUAUCAGCAGAAGUAUUCUCGUGGAAAACCUGUGACAACUCUAUCCUGUCAUGUGCUUCCAGUUGAAUUCCAAGAUCGGCAAGGAACACGCAUCAGAUUUUGGCCUGACAAAGAAGUCUUCACAACUAAUAUUCAGUUUGACUACAACACGAUAGCUGGACGAAUUAGGGAACUAGCUUUUCUAAACCCAAACCUCAUGAUCACUCUUAGACAAGAGGAUAUCAAUCCAGAGAAGAACCACCACAAUGAAUACUUUUAUGCUGGGGGUUUGGUUGAAUAUGUAAAAUGGCUAAAUACUGAUAAGAAACCGCUUCAUGAUGUGGUUGGCUUUAGAAAAGAAGUAGGAGUCACUAUUGAUGUAGCUCUUCAGUGGUGUUCUGAUGCAUAUUCAGAUACAAUGCUUGGGUAUGCUAAUAGCAUACGAACUGUUGAUGGAGGAACCCAUAUUGAUGGAACGAAGGCUUCAUUAACAAGAACUCUAAAUAGUCUUGGAAAGAAGUCAAAACUUAUCAAGGAAAAGGAUAUUACUUUGAGUGGUGAGCAUGUGAGAGAAGGGUUGACGUGUGUCAUCUCGGUCAAAGUUCCCAAUCCGGAAUUUGAAGGCCAAACAAAGACUAGGUUGGGAAAUCCAGAGGUGCGGAGAGUGGUUGAUCAAUCACUUCAAGAGUAUCUUACAGAAUACUUGGAGUUGCAUCCGGAUGUACUGGAUUCAAUCCUUUCAAAGUCUUUGAAUGCUCUCAAGGCAGCUUUGGCUGCAAAGAGGGCAAGAGAACUAGUCAGACAAAAAAGUGUGUUGAGAUCAUCUUCUCUGCCAGGAAAACUAUCUGAUUGCUCAUCAACAAAUCCUGAAGAAUCAGAAAUCUUUAUCGUUGAAGGAGACUCAGCUGGUGGAAGUGCAAAACAAGGUCGUGAUAGGCGCUUUCAGGCCAUUCUGCCACUGAGGGGUAAAAUUCUGAACAUUGAAAGGAAGGAUGAGGCAGCAAUGUAUAAAAAUGAAGAGAUUCAAAAUCUAAUUCUUGGUCUUGGACUUGGGGUGAAGGGUGAGGACUUCAAGAAGGAGGCUCUACGUUACCAUAAGAUUAUCAUUUUAACAGAUGCUGAUAUAGAUGGUGCUCACAUCCGUACUCUGCUUCUGACAUUUUUCUUCAGAUAUCAGAGAGCCUUAUUUGAUGAGGGCUACAUAUAUGUUGGCGUUCCACCACUUUACAAGGUUGAGAGGGGAAAGCAAGCCAAAUAUUGCUAUGAUGAAGCUGAACUUAAAAUGCUUCAGAGCUCCUUCCCUUCAAAUGCGUCUUACAACAUUCAGAGGUUCAAAGGCCUGGGGGAAAUGAUGCCUGCCCAGUUAUGGGAAACAACAAUGAAUCCUGAGCAAAGGCUUCUUAAACGAUUAGGGGUUGAGGAUGCUGCUGAGGCAAACAUUGUGUUUUCAUCCCUUAUGGGUGCUCGGGUGGAUUACCGGAAGGAGCUCAUAAAGAAUUCUGCGAGCAUGAUCGACCUCGAUAAGUUGGAUAUUUAAAGGAGCCAUGGAUCCAGGAAAGACGAGGAGUUAUGAACCUGUAUACAAAUUUUGCAGACAAGCAGAAACUCUUGGCACAAUUAUCAAACAUGCUUUAUGGUGCGUUUUUUAUUCAUAGCUGUAAAACCAACUGCGUGUCGCACUCCUUAUGAGUUUAGGUAGUUUUUUAGAGGGUUUUGUAUUUAUUGUAGGAAAUUCUGUUGACUUAUAUGUGGUGAUUUGCCUUUCCAUUGGGACGACUCUGUUCGAUUUUUCUUGAAAUCUUAUUAGUUAUAUGAAAUUCUGUUUUUGUA